AUGGUGUCCUCAAUGGAUUGGACGGGUUAUUUUUCUCCAUUUUUGUCCGUUUUCUUUGCUCUCAUUCAGCUCUCUGUUUCAGAAUUAACGCCAGAGCAAUGUAGAGAAUUAGGAUUUUCGGUUAAUCUUCUCUGUAGCUCGUGCGAUGAAUUAAAACCCUUUAAUCUUACAUCGGAACCGUCUCUUGAGGCGAAUUGUCGAAAGUGCUGCCAUGCGGAUGAACAAGAAGAAGCCACUAAGGUUUGAAUUGCGUUAUUUUCGUCACUUUUUAUGAGAGUUUCGUUCGAAAGAAAGAUAUUUGUUCCCUUUUAACAAUCUAUUGAUGUAAAUUUAUGUUGUUCCGUUCUUAUGGUCUGUUUGUGACGUCAUCACCGCCAUCUUGGCUGCAAGCUAUGGUGCCGAAUUCGUGAAAAUCGCUAAUUUGUUAUAAAGAUGUUCUAGUUAGUGUUUAUCUCAUAAUUUUAGUUCAUACAUGAUAAGUAUAGAAUCUCAGUUCAGAGAGAAGAAAAGUUAAGACCUUGAUGAUCAAACUGAGAAGCGCACUAUAUGCAUCAGUCAAUUUUCAGCUGCGCCCAUGCCUCCCCCCCCCCACCCCCCGGUUCACUUCCGGGCAUUGGGGAGCUUGAUGAUGAUGAUGGCAAAGGCAGUGAAAAUGUCUUUAUAAAAAUGAAUUUUUCAAAAAAUGCAUUAUAAAAAUGCAUUUUAUAAAAAUGCAUUUUUCAAACUUUGUUGCAUUUAUUCAAACUUGCUUUUAAUGUCAUCAUCAUCAUCGGUUCGCCAAAGAGCAGUCGACUGUAAGUCAUCUCCAACUGGCUUGGUUUUGGGCAGUGCACACGAUAUCAUCCUCUGAGAAAUGCUUUUUCUGAUCAAUUCAUAUUUCCUGGACUUGGCUGGAAAAGGACUUAUACCGUCUCCUUGGGGAUCUUCACCCGUGGGGGUUCAUACAACCAUAAGAUGUUAGUGGGUUAAUGUCGAAUGUGGGUGAAUUUCCUGGGGGACCGCACCCAAAAUAAAGUUUGUACCAGAAAGCAUGCGGCACAUGCAAAAUUGUUGUGUUGCUUAUUCAAACCUAUUGGUUUUUUGACAUUCAUGUUGCCUUCAUAGUCAUUGUAACAAAAGCUCCCUAGUAGCUUUACUUUUGUUUUGGAUGAAAAAUUCCCAGGGGUGACAGUGACAAGACUUGAGCUGCCAAAUGCCCCACAGUGGGGAUGAAAAAAGAGCUGGGCAAACGUCCUGUCUCCAAUCAACACUUUAGCAGUUUUCAUUCAUUGCCAUGCCACUUCCAGCAGUGAUGUGUGAUUUUUUAUUUCUGUACUCAUGCCUGUCCAUCAUUUAUUGUUUGUAAUAGCAUUAUCUGAUGUUAAUCAAGACCUCAUAAACAACACUAAUAAAUAAAUAUGAUUCUCAUUUUAAUCAUUUUUUAUUAAUUUUUAUAUUCAUAUUGCUCUGAGUUAUAACAAAUAUGUCUCUGCAAAUGCAAUAAUAUUAAAAUAUAUUCUAAAACCAGUAUUUUUGGUUCUGAGGUCUAAUAUUAUCAUAUUUUUUGUUAUUCAGAAGUAUGCCUUUGGUACCCUUGAAGUGUGUAACUGAAAGUUGGGAAGGUUCCCUCAAAUACAGGGUAAGGAACACAGGCCUGUUUCUGGCAACUUUUGCUGAUUGAAAGUCUUUGUGCUUCUUUAGAAUUUUAAAGGCGGGGUCAAGAGUUAAGUUAUGGCAAAGAAAUUACAAAACAUGGUCUUCAUAGCAGGGUUUUAUCCUUGGCCUCAAAUGUUACAUAUCACUUCUUGAACAGCCUCUCUAGUAAUUUAUGUCAAUCAGUCAGACUAGUGACUGGUAUACUUUCUCAACUUUUUUAAUAGUCACACAUAAAAAAUGUGCUUUAUUUGGGUGCUAACGCAUGUAUUUACAUGCAGCACGACAGUACUAAUUCAGGGCACCAUAAUUUUUUACAUCUCCUACUGGAGACAGCAAAUGUCUAGCUGUUUGCAGGGCAAAGUAGGUACCUUCACACCCUGACUGAGUAUUGGUCUGGCCGUGGGGAUGAAACUUGCGACCUCCCAUGCUGAACCUGCAAGCAGCCUCCUAACUGUAGAAAAAACACUAAUUAUUAUUAAACAUAUAUAUUAAAACUUUGUGGCUUGGCACAUGACUUUCAAACACAGGUUGCCAAAUUACUGGUAACAACUUUCACCAUGUUAUUUGCCAUGAUUUUUUCUAGUCCCCAUGUUGUCCAAAAUGGUCACAGCAUAGGGGCCUGCUUACAGGAAGCACAGAGGCACACAAUUUUUACCAACUGAGGAUACUGGGCCCCACAUAAGAUAUUAAUUUUAUAAGAUUUUAUAUCUCAACAAAAUCCCACUGUUAUACAAAAAUACCUAAGAGACUUCUCAGUGUGGGGUGCCUGUUUAAAUCAGGGACCAGAUGAAAGAGGCAGUUUUAUUCAAAUUAUCCUGGCCUAGAAAUGACCCUGAAAAAGUCAGGGUAUGGAGGGGGGGGGGUGGUGUUGGGAGGGAGUCCUUCCCUCUUUUUUUCACAGUCAAACCUCUCCACAAUGGCCACUUUGGGGACAGAAGAAAGUGGCCAAUGUGGAGAGGUGGCCUUUAUGGGGAGGUAGGAGUCAAAUAUGACAAUUUUUUUGGGGGGAGUACAACAUGUGUAUCCAGCUGAGUUCUUGCUUACUGUAUCCCAUUAUGUAUCUAUAAUAUUAUUAUAAAAAGAUAAAAAUACACAAAAAGCUUUAUAAUGAAUAAAGGUUUGAAUCAAAAUGUUAACAUGACAAAAUGAGCACGGUUCGCAGCAUUCACUAUAAGUAUUGUAGACAAUUUAGCUCACUGCAGCAGUAUAAAUGGAACACAAUCAAAGUAAGACUGUUGCGAUUGAUCGUCAACGCGCUAUAUGGAUCAAAUUUCACGACCAUUCUUCACUUUUUCAUCAGUAGUUGAAAAAAUUGGCCAUUGUCGAGCGGUUAUUUUGGCAGUUGUGGACACACUUUAUUGGCCAUUGCCAUUGUAGAUAGGAUUAAACAAGAGUCAAUGUAUGGACUGUCCGUCAGGACAAAAAAGUGGCCAUUGUAGAGAGGUGGCCAUUGUGGAGGGGUGGCUGUUGGUGAAGGUUCAAUAGCCUGUGAAGCGCAGACAUAUUUCCAGUCAUCGCUUCUCUCCCUCCGAAAAUUAACUAUUUUUGGUGGGAGAGAAGCAACGACCGAAGGUUCAACUGUAUUAGCAAUUUUGUAAAGAGGGCUUUUUAGCCUCAAAAUAUUUUAUUCAGUGAAAUAUAUUGUUUCUCUUGAUGUUCUAAAUGGUGUUGCAUCAGUUCUGAUAUGUUAUAUUUUGUUUGUAACAGCCUUUGUCCGGAGUGAUAGGCCUGCCAAGUUUCCUAAUCUAAGGAUAAACGUAAGUUGUCCAUCCCUCGAUCAUGGUCAGUUAUUUUUAUUCCCACUGCAGUUGGUGCUAGUAGGUAAUUUUAUCAAUUUUUCAGCGACCUGCAAUGUCGUAUCUAAAUCCAUAGUUAUUCUUAUUAUCCUUUUGCAUGUAUGAACAUGUACACAAAGUGUCAUUCUCUCCUUGCAGUUUGUUCGAGGGGCCGAUCCAAUUCUUAAGCUUCAUGAUGAAAACAAUGAGGUUCAAGAGGAGUUAAGGUGAGUGUACAGGUUCUCACUAAACUUCUUUUUGAUGAAGAAAGCCUCAUCAAUGUAAGUGUAGUAUUGAUAGUAGUUGUCCGUGCCCUCCUAUGCACACUUGAUAAACAGACAGCUCAAUUUACAGCUACUGUGACAAAUUAGCAAGUGGACAACAGUUUUCCAUGAUCAACCAUAAAAAUGUGGUCAAAAUGUUCAAAACUCAAGCAGGACCACAAGCUGCAGGCGAGUGGUUUCACUGCAAAAUUUUAAACAUUUUGACUUCAUUCCUAAAUGUACAGACCAUGGAAAAUUGUUGAUUUGUUUUCUAUAAAAUACUAUAACAUUGACAAUUUUUUCUGGUCCAUUAAAAAAUUGCACAUGCCACAAUGAGGAAAUCAUAUUUGGCCACUACCAGGUCAUUUCCAUGGCCUAUACUCUUAUUGACCAUAGCUCUUGACCAAUCAGUGCACGAGAAAUCACUCAGUUAUUGUAAAAGCCCCAUUUGAGCUACCUUUGUAGGUUGCAACUUUUGUAGGUAGUCUUUUGCAGCUUAGGGAGCUUAGCCUCCUGCCUAGAUUAGAAUUUUAGCUAUUGUAUAGGUGGCUUUUUACCUUAUCUUUGUAAGUAGUGUUGUCUUUUUCCUCAUUUUUUUCUGUGCAUCGUUUAGAAAUAAAGUCCUUGUCUUGUCUUGCUCAGAUUAGUUGACUUUUUUGGUGACCAUAAAAUACAGUCACAGCAAUCAUGUGCAAACCGGGCUACAGAUAAUUUAUCAUUCACACAAUGUAUUCUUUCUUUUAGUAUUGAAAAAUGGAAUACGGACAGUGUCGAAGAAUUUCUACUUGAGAGACUGAGAUAAACAUCAAGAGGGGAAUGACAGUCAAAAGUGGAAACUUUUCACAAUAUAAUGAAGGCUUCACCUGAAACCUUUUACUGGUGUGUGAAGUUGGAGAAAAUGCUGUGUAAAGGACUUCCAUGUGAUACAAGAAAAGGAUUGAUCUGAAAAGUUAUAUUAAGUUUAAUUGAAAUAUUUAUUGUCACCUUGUCUACACUACAGGCAUCAAAGUUAGCCAUUACAAUCUCUUUAACCUAGUAGCUGUUAAGGUUGUUGCAAACUAAUGCUGUUUGAUGCUAUUUUUUUUCAAACUGCAUCUGUAGAGCCUUUUUCUUUGCAAAAACUAUUUUCUCGGAACUAUUCACAACUCAAGUAAAAAAUAACGCGGAUAAGGAUGAAUGACAUUUCGGUGUCAUCUUGACGCCAUUUUCAAGAUGACACCAAAACGUUUAUUCUUAAUGUCUGUGUUAUUUUUUUACUUGUCUCUGCAUAACUAACCCUUUGCUUACUCACAACUCCUUCAUGAAAACCUGUAAGAUUAUUUUUCACAAGUAAAAGUAAACUACGUAUUCUUAUAAAAGGAUGGCAACUCAAGGAAGCAUUGUUUAUAUGAUGACUUUACAGUAAACUUAACAUGAGCUCGUAAAGUUGGAAAGUUUAACAUGAUCCUGAUUUUGCAGUAUCUGCUAUGUGUAAUAUGUAGUUUUUGUUAUUUCUGAUCAGUUACUUUGGCAAGGGUAUUAACUAGUACAAAGCAAUAAACAUUUUGUUUUGAAUAACUUUGUGGUUUUAGAAGUGUUUAAAUUUGAGGAUACCUUUUAUUGUGUGAGCUGUAUGUUAUCUUUCAGUCCAAUUUUUCCUUAAAAAGUUGGUAACCAAGUAAAUGGUGGAUAAGUUUGCAACAUCAUAAUUUAUUCUUAACUUGAAAGUGAUUUAG